AUGGAUCGCAUAGCUGUUACGAUGGAAACCUCGGCCACAACCCCAGUGUCGCGUGUCGAUGAUCUUGAGCAGCAUCUUGGUCAACUAGCAACAGAUCCCACCCUACCCACCGACAACAAGCUGUUCGACCAUGUCGAGAUCCAAAUGACAGGCAUUGCUGACCUUUUAUAUCUCUUACCAGAUGCCAACACGCCACCCCUCAUCCCACGGCUCCUUCCCAAGAUCACACAUGUACUGACUCGAUAUCAACGCGAUCCUAUUGCUCUUUGCAGCUUGGCUUCGCGGCUUCUACGCCCCCUCACUUUCCACCAGAUUAUGUCGUUUGCUUCCGAGGAAGCGCUUAUCCAAGCACUUGCAUCUCCCGCGCCACCAGCCAACCUUCUCGCCAUGACUAUUCUGGCUAAAGCAGCCGAGACCCCUGGUGAUGCCGCUGUACUUGCUGCCAUGAAGGGUGUUGUUACUAGAUUUGUGACGACAUGGCUGAGUGCGCCUGCUGUCGAAGUCGGAGAAAAGGGUACCGGCGUGCUUGGCGAUCUCCUCGUCGUCGAUUCGCCCGAGUUACCCCCCAAGGUCUUGGAUGAAAACCAAGGUAUCGCCAUACCCGUACUCUCCAGCACCCCAGGACAAGGUUUCAUGUGGAGAAGGAUAUUCAAUGACCGUGACGUUUAUGGCCUUAUUCUCUCACUAUGCAGUAAAGGACCGCACCAUGAUGUCGAAGGUGGGCUGACCCCCCAGCAGUUGUCUCUAGCCCAAGGCCGGCUACUUCGUCUGCUGCCUCGACUUUCAGCCUACAACCUUGCUACUAUAGCCCGGACCAACUUUCCGGACCUCCACCAGCAGUCUAUGAACUCUGAAGCUCCUGGCGGGUUGUUGUACUUUGCAGCUCUUCACAUGAUCGACAGGGAUGAUAUAUUGAUGCACUUGAGUCUGGUUGAUUUCUUUGAAAGGCUGCUAAGCAUCCAACGAAUCACGCCCCCCUCGACAUUCAAAAUGGAGACUCUACGAAAGCUUUACCGAGAAGUGGCCGCGCAGGAUAAAACAUUCAGCACCGUCAUCCAAAGUCUGCCUGACCGCACAAUACCAGAAGAGGCAGAUGCGUUACGGCAAUUUAUACAUGAGGUUACAUCUGACUAAGUUGUGAAAUGUGCAGAGCGAGACGGUAUCCUACGGCAUACGAAAAUGUGUUGCUCACGCCUUCGGGACUUUUUUGGUGCGUCAUCGCUCAUCAGAGAACUCGUCAUCAAACCACACCUCUUAGAUGUACGUCCCCAACAACCUCGUCCCAGAAGCCUACAAGAUCACAGCCAAACCUGUCUGAUCUACUGUCAUUAACGUGCUUUAUUCUAAUUUUGGGUCCCUGAAGCUAUAUCUCUAACUCUGGUUCCUAUUAC